AUGGCCGGCAUGGGCGACACGUCGGGCGACAUACAGCGGGUCAGUGACCACGUCAAGGACAUACUGCAGAUGACCCGUGACUCGGAAAUGAUGCAGAGCUACGUGCGGGUUGGCAAGGUCGACGACGACUCGGAUGACGACGGGGGAGGCGGCGGCGGCGCGAGUUGCGGUGGCGGCGGCGGUGACGGAAUCGGUGCUGGCGGUGGUGCCGUUGUUGGCGAUUUGGAGUCGGACGGCGGUGCGGGAGUUAUUGGCCAUGGAGGGGUCAGCAGCGGCGUAGGUGCGGCAGGAAGCGCGGUUGACGGACGACGUGGCAGAAAGAGCAGAACCGUGACGGCCGGAAGGAGGUUCAGGAGACGUAAGGGCGGCGGCGGUGGUGGUGGUGGUGGGACGGGUUUAGGUGGAGGUGUCGGCGGUGGCGGUAUGACGACGACGUUCAACGAAUUGACCGAAGAGUUCAAAACCCGAAAAUCAGGCACGGGCGGCGGCGGUGGAGGAGUAAGUGGCGGCGGUGGGUUCGGCGGCGGUUGGGCCAGACGGCACAAACGAGACUCACGGUCUAGGUUGCUGGAAGAGGUGUAUACGGACAAGGACAGGGCGGCCGCCGUCAAUCUGGGCACGCGCGACAUCAAGGCGUCGUUGCGCAUGAAACGUCGACAGGACCGGAAUCGGACUCUGCACAUCCCGUCCACUGCCGAAUCGCCUACCCUGCUGGCCCUGGCCCGGCACUGCAUCAACGACGUCAGCGUGUCACUCGAGUUUAUCGACAAGGUUAGAAGGCGCGCGCUUCGAUCAUCAUUAUGCGGUACCGCCAUAGUGAAAAAUGAGUGAAACUAGAAGGGUGCUAAAGUGGAAGCUGGCCAUAUCCCCUCCCCCCCGAAUCUACCUGGGUCUACUAAAUGGAUUUUUUUUUUAAUACAAGGUCAAUUUGACAAUUUAACGAGAAAAAAAUAGUUUUAUAAAGUCAGGCGGUCGAUUGAUCUUUUCUGUUCCCUUGAAAAAUAAACUACCUCAUACGCUCUUGUGUUGACGGGGCUUUUUUUUUAUGUAGAACGUGAUAGUACAUUGUUUAUUGAAACGAGGCAAAAUACGUCACCUAUCAAAGAGUCAUCCGACCGUAGGAUGAUUUUUUUUUUUUAAAUACCAAUUUGCAAGUUCGUGUGAGGCGAAAAAAGAGAUAAAAUUAUAAACGGUAUUUGAUUCCUCUUGUUCAUUUUAAUGCCCAUCAAUUCGACUAUUUAUCAAAUCCAUCACGUCAAGUUAGGUUAAUAUUUGUAUUUGUUUACAAUGACAAAGUGCGAGGAAAUGCUGUCAGAUUUUUUAAAUGUGGAUGGAGAACAUGACAAAUGAAAAUUAUAUAUAAUUAUUCAAGCAAAAUGUAUCUUAAUCUAUUUUAUACGAUCCUCUCCUUUAUUUAGGUUAUUUUAAAUGUACGAAAAUGUGUAGUGUAUAAUUAUUUGCAGGCGCGUGCACAAGGGGGGGUUUUAAGGGUACGACCUCCCCCACACCUGAAAUUUCAUAAAAAUUAUGAUAAAAGUAGAUUUAUAAUAGUCUUAAAAGUAAUCUCUGUCAACGAGGAAGAUAAAUAAAAUUUUGGUUUUAUUUGAAUUUUAUUGCCUACUAGAUAGUAGGUAUAUAUUGUUAUUAUUAUUGUCAUUUCUAAUUUGUUGUGAUUUUCUUGCUUUUAGAAAAUUAUAACUGAUACGGCAAUAUUAGUCGCAUAGUCCGCAUUAUCAUCUCAAUAAUAUAAAUUACAUUAUCAUUUAGGCUGUAAUUUACUAAAAAUAUUUUAAAAAAAAUAAUUAAAUGUAAAAUGUAUUAAUAGGUACCUAAAAGGCUAAAAAUGAAUGUUAUAAAAUAAUAAUAUUUUUAAUGAAAAAUAAAUAAUCCUACGAUUAAAAGCAUGUAAACUUCUUUGUUAUAAGAGUAUGAAAGUGUACAACCUUAAUCCCCCUCCCAGAAGUAUCUUUUUGUAAACGUACCUGACUAUUUGUACUUAUAAGUUGUAUAGAUGAGUUAGUAUUAUGCAAAUGUGCAAUAAUAAGUAUUUAAUUAGUGAUACGUCUUCAAUACUGAACAAUUUAUGGCCAGUGAUUGAAUUGGAAAAAAAUUAAAAGAGGACACAAAAAUAUAAAAAAAAUGGGCAUACUUUAAAAAUUGAAUUCUGUUUAUAUGUCAAUUCAUGGUCAUAAUAUCCAUUCAGAGCCGGCGGUAGGGAUACAUGAAAAUUAGCGGUGAUGCCCCACUCCCUCUGAUCCAAAAAAAAAACUUGAAAAUUUCGAGUACUGAGCUGGCAAUUCAAUUUAAUUUUAAAUUCAAUAAGACUUAUAAUUUCUUAAUUUGUUUUAUUAUUGUAAUUUAUAAUUUGUUGCCUAUAUAUAUUAUUACUGUCAAAUGUAUUACCUACUUAUCAAUGAGCAAAAAAAUGGGUAAAAAGAUUUGUUAAAGUCAGUAAAUUGUCUAUAAGUAGAGUCGUAAAAUUUAAAUCGCACUUCUCCGUCGUAUUUUUUUUAAGGCUCUGUGCUCAUUAUGGAAAUUCAGAAGGGGUAAGAUAACAUAUUUUUAAAAAGAAGAAUUUCUCUAUCUUUCGCGUCCCCUUGCCUCAAUUUAAGCAUCGUUUAUGACACUUUACAUGGCGAUUAAUGAAAAUAAAAACAAGUACAAUACAAUUAUAUAAUUUGGAUUAUUAACUUCAAGUCAAGUCAACUUAAAAAAAUUUAACUUUAAAAGAUAUCAAAUUUGUAUUAUAUUUUUUUCAAUUAUUUUCAUUUCAGUUCACCGCAAUUAUUUUAUUGUAUUUGUAUGUAAAUUAUAAGACAUUGACACGUCGUCACAAUAUUUUAAUAGCCUGUGCUAUAUAUAUUAAUAAUUACUAUCGAGUCUCAAUUACUCGUACCAAUAUAAAUAAAAAUGACGUACAAAAAGGUAAGGCGUGCGAGACGACAAAAAUAUUAAUAUUUAUCGUAUACCUAAUGUCCUAAUAUCUUGUUUUUAUUUUAUAUUAUUUCUAAUGUCAAAGCCGUUAAGUGAUUUCAUUGAAUACGUAUUGUAUAUAGAAUAUGUUUAUUGAUCAGCGUUUUUUUUUUUUUUUUUGUUAAUGUUAUAUUUUAUUAUUAUUUUUAGGCUUUAGAAUUGAGUCCGAACGAUAAAACUGCUUUAGUUUCCAGAAGUAAAUGUUAUUUGUUGCUUGGACAACCGCGUUUGGCUUUGAAAGACGCCGAAGUGGCAUUGAACGAGGACAGCAGUUAUCUGAAAGGUAUAAUACGAUUUUUAAAUAAUUAUUUUUUUAUCUCAGUAUAAACGCAUUCUUUCAAAUUUAUUUUUAUAUAAGUCAUAUUAUGUACUAAAUGAACAACAAUUUAAAUGAUUAAAUAUCUUAAAUUGAAUAUUUUAAACUAGCACGUACACAUAUUUCAUUAUUUUUCGGUUAAACUUCCUAUACCAAGGUUGUUGUUUAUUUGUAUUUUAUUAAUUUGUCAGUAUAUAAUGACAAACGUUCUAUAACAUAAAAAUUCGCAGUCCCUCUGUUCUUCUAUACAAACUAAACGGUCAAGAACCGAUGUUCAUCCUGUUCAAAAACCAAAACUAUCAAUGGGUGUCUGUUUUGAAUCGCGGUUUUACAUUAUUCACUAUAUUCACCGCAGUUGGCUUAUUAUAGUCGUGGUAAACACCGAAACGACAUUACUUUUCCUGAUAUCCGAUUUUCCGAUAUUUAAUACACAUACAAGACCGAUUCGAUAUUUGAAACAUGAGUCGAUAUUGAAAUUAACUAAGUCGAAAACAUAAUUUUUUAACCUUUUUAAUAAUAUUCCAGCAACAUUAUUAUUAUUAUUAUUAUUAUUAUUAAGUCUAUUAAAUGUUAUGGAUGCCGACAAAUUUUAAUCAUACGGAAAUUUCAAACGGUCCCAACAUUUUCCUUUAUACCUAUAUUGUAGUGUUGCGCGUAAUCAAUUAAUUUACGAUUAAAUUAUAUAAUCAAUUACGAUUAAUUUAUUAAAUUAAAUUAGUUAUUAAUCGUUUAAUUAUUUUUCAAAAUAAUCAAUAAUCAUGAUUAAAUAUUUCUAAUCGUUAAUUAUUAUUGCCAAAUUUAUCGCAUUACAACUAUAUUAUACAUUAUACAAUUUAUUGUAUAUAUAAUACUGUUUUAACUAUCAUUAGCGCUCUAGAGUAAUCAUCAUAUUAUGUUUAGUGUCUAAACUUAAUAACCAUUUAAAGUCUGAUACCUAAAUACUGAUAAAUACGGAUUUAGAUGAUUAAGUAUAACUCUAUAUAAAAUGAAAUAAAAUAUCUAUAGCUAUAACAGUGAAACUUCCUCUAACGGACAUCUGCCAAUAGGGGGAGGGGAAUUUUCACUACUAUUCAAUUGGAAAACCUUUGAAAAGUGAAUUAAUAAUGUUUAUCUCAAAAUAAAACUGUUAUUCGUUAAUAUUAUUAAUGAUUAAAAUUGUAAUCAUGAUUACAAAUUAAAGCAUUUUGUAAUCGUAAUAAACUCUAUGAUUAAAUUAUUACUUUAAUCAUUUAAAAUAUUUUUUUAUUGUGAUUAUUGAUUAUAUUAAUCUAUAUUAUGAUUAACAACUAGACAGUUUAAUCGUAAUCUUUAAUCAUUAAUACGAUUACGAUUUGCCCAACACUGCUAUAUUGUCGUAUCUCGUUUGAUUUAUAAAAACUAAAACAAAAAUAAAAUCUAUCCGAUUCUAGUCCAAUUCUUUUUCACAGCCAUAUACCAGAAAGCGGAAGCGUUAUACCAUCUGGGUGAUUUCGAACACAGUCUCGUGUUUUACCACCGGGGACUUCAUGUCCGGCCAGAACUCGAACAAUUUCGGUUGGGCGUACAAAAAGCUAGAGAAGCUAUCGAGAACGUUAUCGGUAAGUUUUCUAUAAUCACUCGAAACAAUAAUAAUUAUUAUAAAUAACAUUAACGCGUUAAUUAGUGAGAUAAUAGGCUAGUUUUGGUGAUGCAAUUUUGAGCGACUUUGUUACUAGUUUAUUAACGAACAAGAACAGUUUUGACGAUACUGUUUACUGCAAUUAUUUGAUAACUUUACUAAAUGUACUUUUAACAACUCGGUACCCGGUUUAGCAAACAAUUUAAAACUAUGUUUACUGUCUCCGGUUGCUGGUUAGUGGUUAUCCAUAACUGUACAAUAAACAAAACGUUUUGGUGGUAUUGUACAUCGCGAUGUAGCAAAAUGUUUACCAAACACGUUUGUUGUAUUUUUAUAUUUGCGCGUUCCGCAAGUACAAUAUAAUAUUAGGCAAACAAUAAUCGUCUUACGUUCCAUGAUUAUUGCAAGGCCAAUUUUCAACUUGGCUAACUUCGACUCAUUACUAUAGGUCCCCCUAUAACCUAUACAUAUUUGUUACAAUUUUAAUUUUACUCGAUCUUAUGCACAUAACUAAAUCAAUUUUUAUGAGAUUUUAAUGUUUUAAUUAAUACGAUAAGUAUACUUAACUAAUAUAGACAUAAUUGUGUUAACAAAUGAAGUCUCUAUGAUUGAAAUAAUUAAAUUAACUCUAUCUAUUUAUAAUAUUGCAAUAAAUUAUAAUUACCAAGCCCCAUAUAUAUUUCAGAUGACAUUUAUAUUAUUUUAUGAAUAUUAAUAUGGUAUAAAUAGAAACCACGCGCAAAAAAAAAAAAACUGUUGACAAUAAAUUUAUAUGAAUCUCGUUUCAUUUGCGUCGGUGUUAUAUAAUUUGUAUGCGAUAUGAACCGUAUAUUAAAUCCGGGUCGUAUGAAAACAGUUCUAUAAACUUUUGGUUUGGUAGCUAUAGUUUCUAUAAAAUUACAGUUAUUGAACAGAUUGCGUUUUAUGAAUUAAUUUCAUUAUUUAAAUACGAUAGUAGGUACUAUCUACGUUUAUAAUUUAAGAAUUUUAUUCUUACAAAACUUUUAAGUGUUAUAACAAUAACAGAAUAGGUAUGUAUUAAAAAAAAAUUUUAAUUAAAUUCUAAUUGAUUAAUUGUAUUCGAAGUUUGAAUAAGGAGUAUUCAUAAGUUUGUUUAUAAGUUGUAUUUACACAAUAACGGUUUCUGUUAUAUUCGAUGUUGUAUUUUUAUUGUAGUUCAGUAAGUAAUAAUCAUAAAAACCAGAAGUUUAGGCUAAAAAUACAGGUACGCCGUUCUCUUGUAUCCCCCCCCCACCUACCCAAAGUCAAACAUUGUUUUUAUGUCGACACACAGAAUAAGCUUCAGAAGAAGAACAUUGAAUUAUGUUUUCACGUGAUAAAGAAAUUAUAAUUGAAAUAAUAUGGAAAUUUACUACAGAAUACUUUUAGAAUCAACAGUUCUACACAUAUUACAGAACUGAAAUUAGUUAAACAAAUUAUCGAUUCGAUAACUCUGUCCCUGUAAUUCAUAACAUUAAUUAAUUGUAUUGCACCGAUUGUCAGUUAUCAAUUUUGUAUAGUUUCAUGCAACACCCGACUUAAUAAUAUUAAUAUUUAAUAUUAUAAUAUAAUAGUAUAAUAUUUUAAUAUGUUAACAUAUAUAGGCGGCUAUAUUUGCUGUUUAAAGUCGAUGUAUACGAAAUACCGUAUUUUUGAAUUGGUCAAUGGCAUGUAAGCAUUGUAUACCUACAAAUCAAUAUUUGUCGGUACUACGAGUUACGACCUAUGUGCUAUCAAAUACGCGUAUAGAAUUUGUUUUAAAUUCUGAAUGGAGUAAGGAAUGUAUUGGUUUUGCAAUAAUUUUUAAAUUUUUUUCUGUAAACAACUUUUCUACCAGAAGUCUUGCUGCGACGUAUUAAGUGUAACACUUUUUCUGAGGGGAAUUUUAUCUAGUUGGUACUUUAAGGUGGCCAUUUUUAAUAUUUACUAACUUCUAAUAACUAACAUAAAAUUCCUUACGACAAUAUGUCUAAGUUUGCCGACGACUGUAUCAUUCACUGUAGCGGAGUCAACACCAAAACCACCAUAGAACUUCUACAAACAGCAAUAAACUCCUUGCUUAACUGGUCAUCAACAUCAGGCUUUAAAUUUUCACCCACAAAAACCCAAUGCAUAAUUUUCAAUAAGAAGAAAAGUGACAUAUUACAUCACGUUUACCUAAACAGUAAUAAAGUUAACUACACCGACAACAUUCGCAUACUUGGAAUUGUUUUCGACAGCAAAUUUACAUGGUCCCCACACAUAAAAAAACUUAAGGUCGAGUGCAAAAAUAGGAUUAAAAUUAUUAAAACGCUCUCCCAUCAUUCUUGGGGAGCAGACAAACAUUGCCUGCUCACCAUAUAUAAAUCGCUUAUACUCUCCAAAAUCGACUAUGGAUCCAUAAUAUAUAAUUCAGCAAAGCCAAAAAUCACCAAUACGAUCGACCCCAUACACAAUGAGGGAAUCAGACUCUCCAUCGGUGCUUUUCGUACCAGCCCAGUCAAUAGCAUUCUUUGCAUAGUAGGAAAACCCCCUUUGCAAAUUAGAAGGAACAGAGAAAUCCUUAAGUACAUAUCAAAAAAAAAUAUCCUUACAGCACCAUAUAACAUCCAAAAUACUCAUGACUACCCCUAGAUCCAGCGAUUCAUGUCAGCACACCAAAAUCAUCGAUACAUACAGAAAACUUUGCGAAAACUUCACAUUUGAUAUCGAACCUUCGUCUCCCUAUAACAUCAUUCCCUUUUGGAAAAGACACAUCAAUAUAAACACUCAACUUCUCCUACUUAACAAGCACAACACAAUACAUGCACUAAUAAAAGCAAACUUCAACGAAAUUGUAAACUCUGAAUUUCACGACUAUACCCAAAUAUAUACCGAUGCUUUCAAAAACGCCAAUGGUGUGGGAUUCGCCUAUACAACAAGCUCAUCAUGUAAGCUUUACAAACUCCCUCCUGAAGCUAGCAUAUUCACCGCAGAAUCUCAAGCCAUCAAAGAGGCUCUAACAUACACAAACUCAAUGACUUCCAACAANAGCGCCCUCUUAGCCCUCGAAUCACCAAACCCCUCCAAUGAAAUUAUUCAACAAAUACACAACAUUCUAGCUAGGUCUAAGAAAACCAUCCAAUUCAUGUGGGUACCGUCGCACACAGGCAUAAUGGGAAACGAAAAAGCUGACGCACUAGCAAACAAAGAAACCGCAUUACCUGAUGUAACAUUUAUAAACAGGCUAACUUACCAGGAUGUAUCAAAAAAAAUAAACACACUAGCAAACGCAACAUGGCAAAAAUCUUGGGACUUAAUACCACUUUCAAACAAAUUAAAAGAAAUUAAAAAAAGCAUUGGUAAAUGGCAUACCUCAACUAAUUUAUCCCGACGUGAAGACAUUGUAACUACCAGGACAAGAUUAGGACACACUAAUCUUACUCACGUACACCUAAUCAAACAUGAAGAACCACCCAUAUGCACUCAAUGCAACGAACAACUAACGAUAGGAGUCGGAUUUAAGUCGGAGUAAAGGAUUUCCUUUCAGAAAAUGUGUUAUACUUGAUAAUUGGAGUAUGCUUGAUGGUAGAAAAAGUGGUCACAUAAAAAAAAAAAAUCAUUGUAAAACUAAUACAUUCCUCACACCACUCAGAAUCUAAUAUCAUUGUAUAAGAAUCAUAAUAUGAAAUACCUAUUUUACAUUUAUUUUAAUGGAUUCAAAGCAUAUACAAUUUUUUUUUUUGGAUACUUUAUUAUUUUCUAGGGGGAGACAUGUCACCUCUUGCCCUCCCCCCAAUGGAUACCCAUGGGUACUUGUAUCAUUCUCUGCUCUGGCUUAUAUACGGUGAUUUACACGCUGUAUAGGCAAAUGAAAAUUGGUCCGAUUAUAUUUAUAUUUUUUUUGGUGGGAUUCUUGUUGGACAUAACCCCCUGAUAUUAUACAUGUCACUUAUGUUUUAUUUCAUUAUGUUUUAUUAUUAAUUUAUAAUAUAUCUUUCUUUCAUUAAAACAAACUGAGUUGCCAAAUGUACAUUUUAAAUAGGAUUAAUUCAUUAAUCAUUAAUUAAAAAUAAUUAUUAAUUAAAAUAGUUUGCUCACGGAGGCGAGUGUCGCGCAAUCGGCUUAGUGCGUCAACACAAGCUGUUAUCAACAAAUUAACCAAUAAAUUGCAAUUACAGAAAUUGUAUUUGUUUACAAUUUUACACUUUAACAUUUUUAAUAAUAUUUUUAAAUUUAACGCUUAAACUGUUAAUUUAUUAAAUUUAUUAUGUUGGUAUACAGAGAUUUAUACUCACACGUAACAUAAGAUUGUUGUAAACUAAUAUAGUUUUUAAUAAUAAUAUAAUAAUUAUUAGUACUAUACUUAUAAAAUUUGUUUCCUAUUAAAGAAGCCCACAAUUAAAAGCUAUAAGAAAAAUACGACACAGUAAGUUAUAAAGGGGACUGACACCCCUGCCCUUAAAAUCAAUAUUCAAUAAUAAUCAUAAUAAAUUUAGGUGUAUAUAUAAUGACUAUACUCAUAAGUGCCCACUUGUAUACAAAGGUCUCCAAACCAACUGCUUUUUUUGUAGCCAACUGCAGAUUAUGUAGCAUAGAGUUUAUAAAUCGUGUUUAACCGACAGUAGGUAGUAGACUACCUACUGCAGUGUUCUGUACUUACCGGCUGUAAUGUUUAUUUGAAUUUUUUUUUGUAAAUAAAAAUAUUUGAAUAAUAUGUAGUGAAAGUACUGAAGUAAAAAACAACUUGAAUAGUUUUUUCAAAUAUAAGUAUUUGAUCGUGAGAAUAAUAUUCGAAUAAAAUAUUUGAUAGUUUGGCUAAACUAUUGAAAACAAAUAACCAGAAAAUAACUACACUUUUUUCAAAAAUGCACUUUCCAAUGGUAGGUAUAAUUAUUUAAAAACAAAAAUUCUCUACAUUUAGGUGCAGCAAUCAGAUGAAUCUGAUAUAGUAUUCAAUAGGAAUUGGACGUAUCUUUUUUUUAUAAUGUUGGUUCAACCAUAAGAUAAAUCCAAAAAAAUAAAAAUAAUUAUAUUAUUCAUGAACAAUUUCAAAAAGUGGAGUUAUCUGGUUGUCACCCUAAUAUCUCCAAAUGUUACAAUAUACAACUGUAUUCCAGAUCUUAUAAAUGCAAUACAUUUUGUUCUGUUCAAUAUUUGUAAGUUUUUCUGUUUUGUAAUAAUCACUAAAAUCUUGCACUAAGAUUCUUAUAUUUAAAAAAGAUAACAAUUUCAUACAUUUAUAUUUUGAAACAAACUUUUGGUGUUAAAAAUAUUUAGUAUCAAUGAUGAGUCGUUAAUUUUCUUCUUUUUUAAUUCUACGAGAGUUUAAACUGUUUUAAUUACCACUACUGAAAUGUCAAUCGAUUUACUAUGAAUACAACGAUGUUGUAAAUGAUUUCUGUGAACUUCUAAAAAUUGUAGAUGACUCAUCAAAUUUGUUAAACCGUUAUUUUAGAUUUUGUAAUAAAAUUUAAUUUGUAUAGAUUUAAUAGUUUUCAAUAAAACUAUACAAGAUAAAAGAACCACAAAGUAAGACUUAUAAUUACUAAAAAAGAAAUACAUAUAUACACAAUGGGACCACCUGUAUUUGUUCACAUAACCAUUCGUGUCAAAAAAAGACAUUCUAACGGCCGCAGUAAGCGAAACUGUCCUUGUUCUGCCCUAUGCAGUAGCUAUUUAAUGUCCCGUAUACUUCCGUGUUUCAUACCUACGAGACGAAUACAAUUUUGCUCAGGGAAAAUGAAGGACAACGCUGUCAUACUUCAACAGUUCGGCAGGGAUGACAGAGCAGUAAUCUCCGGGAGUAGAGGGAGCAGAGUGUCGACACCGGCCACGACUACCACCGCCCAGUCGUCUGUUCGGCGCAAAGGCGCGACUACCAGAAAUCAAUCUAAAAUGCUGCUCAGAGAAUUGUGCGUGGACAAAGAUUAUUUGGAACACUUGACGAUCGACCCGAGUAAAUAAUACGCCUGAAUAUAAUUUUUUUAAUAAAAUCGAAUUAUGUCCAAAAUUAAAAAUAAAAUAAUAGUUUGUAUAUAGUAAAUAUUAUACAGGUGUCCCACAACAAUCGACGGAUUUUUCUGGCGCUGUUAAUAUUAAAUUUUUUCCAAUUUUCCUUCAAUCAGUUUGUCUUUGAGAGGGGCAUCAAUUUAGAGAAGAAUUAAAUUUUUAUUUUCAUCCCCUAAAGACAAAAAACAAAUAACUUUUUAUUUAUUCACUUUAAAAAAUUUUCAAAAUAGCCAUUUUGUAAAAAAUUUCAAUUUUUCAAACACACACUCAUAUCAGAUGAAUGAUUUCUUAGCUAUAGCCGUUUUAAUUAAGCCAAAAAACAAUCAAUAUUCAAUAAAAUAUUACGUUAUGAGAUAAGGAAUUACAAUCAGUACGGUAAUUCUUUACCUUCUAUUGAAUAUUAAUUGUUUUCACGUUUAUUUUCUAGAAAUUAAAACUUAUUAAAAUUACUAAACUUACUAAAUUAAAAAUUAAUUAAGAAACUAUUAAUCGGAUAUGAAUUUAUAAUACAUUCAAAUUUUUAGAAUAAUACUUUUUACAUAAUGGCUACUUUGAAAAUUGUUUCAAGUGAAUAAAUAAAGUUUUGUUUAAAAUAGAAAUUUAUUUUUUCUCCAAAUCAAUGUCCGUCCCCCUCGAAGAUAAACUGAUUGAAAAAAAAAGUAGAAAAAAAUGUAAUAUUAACAGUGCUAAAAAAAUCCGUCGAACACUGUGGAACACACUGUAUACAUGUGCUAUACAGUCAGUCACAGUCGUUUAGGAAUUGCCCCGGAAAUUGCUCUACCCCGAUAUUGAUACAAACUACUUUACGGGACAUUGUAUGCUGAAUUUACAGAGUUAAAAAAUAGGUAAUAAAAUUUAAAGAAAAAAAUAUUUUCGAUGACAAUACGAUAUUUUUUUUGACAGUUUUUUAGAAAAAAAAAUUUCGACGUAUUUAAAAUAUAGUAUUAUUUAACUUUUAAAAACUGUGUUACUUGUCCAACAGCAGCUGUGUUAUUAACUCUAAUUUCAGCAUUGAGUAACAUAAUUUUAAUAUUUUACUAUAUUGCUUGUUAGUUAAAUUUAGCCAGGAAAUGCGGUUAUUGGACUAAGUUUUCUAUCAAUAUAAUAUUACGAAUAUUAUACAAAUAGGCAAAUGAUUAAUACCAAUCUAUAUCACACAAGUUUUUUUAUUAAAUCACCGCCAUCGAUAUUAUACUAAUAUCUACUAUAUUGCAGGGAUCCAAAACAAGCUAACAGGGGGAGAGGGGCGAUUUUUAAAAUGCAUAUAAAACUCGCAUUUAAUGAUGAAUCAAGCCAGGAGUGCAAUGUAACUAAGAGUAUUGGAGAGUGAACGGGGAGGGAUCGUCCUUAUCGCACCCUCCUGAAUCCACCCAUGUUAUAUCGAUAAUAUUAUAGAUAUAAGUAUAUAAAUAAUUUAGGUCGUAUGGUAAUCUUUUUAAUUUGGAAUAUUGACCUAUCUAAUUAGACAUUUUUUAAUGACUAAAUUAUUACUAAAUAUCUAACUAAAUACUCAUACAUUAUAUAGAUAAUUUGUUUCGAGUAAUAGGAUUUAUGAUUUUUAAUUUCAAUAUUAUGAAUUACUUAUUUUGCUCAGAUAUUCUUAUAAUCCAAUUUUGAUUGUGUUUUCAUAACAUAUAGUAAGGAAAUAAAUCCCAAUUAUAUUAUUCAUUCUGUAACUAUAUAACUAAAACACUAUUUACCCGGGAAUAAAACGUAAAAUAUUAUAUUAUAUUGUAUACCAUUAUUGUAAUACAAAAUAUUGUUUCUAUAUAUUUAUUUACAUCCAUAUAUUUUGAUCGUUUGUGUCUCGUGUAAUUAUAGUUUUUCCGUUUUAGAUAACAUUCCCAGUGCACCAAAACUUUUCUACAGAAAAUUCGAAAUGUAUAAUUAAAAUAUAUUAUUAUAGUCGUUUUAUUUGUUUGACUCAGACAUUGUGAGCGCCAUCCAAGAAAACGACAACUAUAUACUAUCCGAAGCGAAAGACGGCAUAAACUUUCUGAAAGGUCGAGAAGAAUUUUGGAAACAACAAAAACUCAUUAUGUAGUAUAUUAUUUGUUUUGCUUGAAUCCGCACAAAGUUUUCGAAAACACAUACAAAUAUUUAAUCUAAUCCAAUAGUAAAUAGUUGUGAUAAACAUCAAAAAUUGUUGUACACUAUUCAUUGUUUUUUUUUUAUUUAGUAUGAUAUAUUUAUAAACUUUAAUGUAUUGAAAAAAAAAUUGUUGUCAUUUAAAUAGCUUACACUGAAUGUAGAUUUUUGUCAAUCAAUUUUGUUUAUCUAAUACUUAGUACCCGUUAAUACCUAUACACAUUAACAAAUCACUAAUUAAACAAAAUUAGUGUUGAAUACAAAAUAAAGUAGUAUAGGUACAGUGAAAACUCUCUAUAAAGAAUCUGUAGGUGCCAAGUAACUCAAGGAUAUUUCUUUCGCUAUACAGAGUUUUCGUAAUAGAGAGAGAAUUAAAAAAACAAACUUUAAAUUAUUUAUGUAUAGAGGUACAUAUACCUAUGUAUUUACUUGCCAUAACGAAUGCUAUAAGCGCACUAGUGCACUACUGUGAUCAUGCGUUUAAUGUUUGAUGUUUCGUCGAUAAUGAUCGAAUUAUUAUGAUGAUAAAAAUAGAUAAAAGAAUAUAAUCUGGAAACUUCGGAAUUUAUAACGAUUAUUUGUAUAAUUCAUAACAUAAAAACACGACAAUUUUAUUAUGAAACGUAAAAUAUUUUCUCGUUAUUUACAGUGACUAAUACGCUCUAUAGUGGUCGAAGUGGCUCAAAAUAAGUGGAAGGAUGCCUGAACUUUUAUACUAUUCUAAUAUUAUGGCUUAUACACGUGGGGGUAAUUGGAGGUGGAGAUGAGUCAAACCCAAUAGCCCUUAUUUUUAUAAUACAAUUAUUUCAUAUAUAGUAUACAUUUUUGUUUUUAUUUUGGUGUUUUAUUUGUUGAUGAAUUUAAAUUUGUAUAUAUAUAAUUAUAUUUUUAUUUAAAACGUAAAAUAUAUUUAAAUAAAUAUAUAAUUUAUGCACAUACAGUUUAUCAUUAGAUUAUGUAUUCGUUAUGCGUUAUAUCAUUUUACAAUAGGUAUAAAAACAAAUACAAAAACUUAACUAUUUAUACAUUAGUCAUUACUAUAGUCCAUCGUUUCUCAACCUUUUUAGUGUCGCGACCCCCAAAAUAGGUAUAAAAUAUAGUCAAUCACUUCGCGACCCCCCCCCCCCCCCNGCUUAUCAAGUUUGUAUCGGGUCGUUAGGAAUUUCCAUUAGUGGAGUAGAGGAAAAAUAGUGGUUUAAUAGUAAAAUUAAAAGAAUUAAUGCCACAUAUUGAAUGGACACAUUGUUUUCUUCACAGGCAUGCACUUGCCGCAAAAAAAAUGCCAGAUAAUUUAAAAAAUGUGUUAUCUGAAGCUGUAAAAAUAGUAAAUUAUAUUAAAAGUCGACCGCUGCAGUGCAGAUUAUUUUCCACACUAUGUGAAGAAAUAGGCAAAGAUCACACUAAUUAUUUAUUUUUAUGUUUAUUAAUUUUUUAUGUAUAUCCUUAUCGGGAUAAUUUUAUUAUUAUUAUUUUAAUUUUUUCAAUAAAAAAUCUUAAAUAUUUAAAUAAAAAGGUACAUUUUGUAAAUCAGCGUUUUAUUAUUUUUGAUCUGCGCGACCCCGAGUCAAGGUGUUCGCGACCCCCUGGUUGAGAAACGCUGCUAUAGUCUAUAGACUAUAUAAUGACAUAUGAUAUAAAAAUACCAAUAUAAAUCGAUAAUCUUUGAAUAUAAUUAUAAGGGGAUGUAUUAUUUUGGACAAAAUAAGUGGUGGGAUGGCAUCCUUCCGUAUUCCCCACCUAACUUUCACAACUGACGCUACAGAGUAUAAAGAAUGUAUUUAUUAAUAGGUUGUAUAUCAAAUCAACCUUAUAAUGUACUAUUUACGUUAUAUAGAACUUUUCGCUGUAACGAGUUUUCGUUAUAAAGAGUUUUCACUGUAUAUAUUUAUUUUUAAAUUUUAGUAUUACAAUACAUGUUAAGAAAAUAGACAGUUUACGUUAAAUAUAUCUCUACAUAUUGUAUUGUAUGAUUAUUAAUAAAAAUUUUUCUUGGCAAAUUUUCAGUUUAAAUAAAAUAUAAGGUACAUAUAUAAAAAUUAACAUUUACGUUGGUACAUUACUUUGCACAAUAUACUUUUUUUCUGUAAAAUGUCUGCUACGACAUUGUCAGCAGUGGCAAUCAUAUGAUUUUUUCAUAGAGGUAGGGGGUAUAAGGAUGAUUUUUAAGAACCAUUAUUUUUAUUUACAUAGUAUAUAAUAUAUAAAUAAAUAACACAAUAUACAUAAUAUAGUUAAAAAUAUUUAAGAAAAAUUAGGUAAUGUGAGAGGAUAUAUCCCCUUCAUCCAUCCACCGUUUUAUCGCCCCUAAUUGCCAGCUAUGGUUUUUAUACAAAUAAAAAUACAACAGUUAAGUAAUAAUAUAAGCAUAAAUAAGAUUGCAUGACUGACGUAUGUACAGAUUUUCCCAUUUUUCCUACGUUUUUCCAUGUUUAUUCUCGGUUGCUGGGAAAACUCCUGGAAAUAUCGAAAAAUGAUUUCUUUAAAGUACCUUCCCAGUCUGAUUGCCUUUCAAAAAUAAUGUUACACUCGUAAAAUGGAGCAAUAUUUCUAGUAGAAAAUUUAUUUACUGAUAAAAAAAAAAAUAAACAUCUUUUUAAAACCAUAUAAGCUUCUUCACUCCGCUAAGAAUCUAAAAAAAGAAAAACCAGGAAACUUUUGAAAAUAUUUAGAAAAAUUUUUCUUAGGAGUUUUCCUAAUAAACGAAGAAAAAACAGGAAAAUUUAUGAAAUGUAGGUAUUAGUAAAAAAAUAUUAUUGCUUUUUAUUCUCUGUGAACAACUUUAAUUUAAUUAUACUAUCAUAAUAUGAUAUAUAUAUAUAUUGUUGACAAAUCAACUGAACUACAUUCAGAAUUGUUCUUUCGUUAGCAUUGGUUUUUUCGUUAAUUACAGAUAUAUAUUAAAGUUCCUAUAACAGUGGCUGCACCCGUCUCCAAUAUCUUAGGACGUCUUUUUUUUUCUUGUAAACAACUUUUCUACCAGCAAUUGUGCUCUGAUUUUCAAGUGUUACAAUUUUUAUGAAAGGAAAUUUGACUGGGGUAAUUCAUUAUUUGAUUUUUUCUGGAGAUUUCCCAAUAAAUAGGAAAUACAUGUAACAUGGUAAACACGGGGAAAAAAUGGGAAAAUAGAUACUAUAGAAAAUAGAAUAUUAAACAAAUAUUAUUAAAAAAAAUACAUAAUGCAUAUGGAGUUAUUUUAUCGUAAUUUCACAUAUUCUAAUAUAUUGUUGACAAAGCAACACUAUUAACUGAACUCCAAUCGGCGCUCAAAAUUGUUUUUCGUUACCAAUGGUUAAUCGUUGCAUACAGAUGUACAUUAAAUUUCUCCCCUACCUUCUUAACUUUACGUGCAAAAAAUGUCCAUCUUUUUAAAAAUAAUAAUUUUGUGAUGGUUAAAUCAUUGAGAGUAAUCGUGAAAACAAAAUACUGUUACCAAAAACGACUUUACAUUUUUCAUUUGAUCAGUUAACACAGCUAAUGAAAAUAUUCGUUAGUGAUGUAUUAAAAGAAGUUGUUUUGUUAAAUUAUGUACACUAUGAUUGUAUGAAAAUCACUAAACAUUUAUUGAAUCAAUAGUGAGCUGAAUAAUAUUAUGGUUUUAGUGGAAAAGAGGAAGGUACACUUUUAGUGGAAAAAAGAAAAGUCUACUUUUGGUUGAAACGUGUACCGCCAAAUGAUAAUAAAUCUUGA